AUGCCCACGAUCAACAUCAUUGACAUGGCCUCGCCCCCUGCCUCGCGCUCCAUCUCUCGUACCACCAACCUAGACGAUGAAAUGCCUAUUGAGAGUGGAGGCCACGCCAGCUGCAUCAACGGCGCUUACGCACUUUUACCCGACACUCUACACGACGAGCGGCCGGUUUUUCGACAUCUUGAUCCCAUUCCCGAUGGCUUUUCGGAGGAAUCUGGCAAGCACCUCUUUGUGGUCUAUCAUCGGGAUAAUGACGCAUGGGCCAUCUCCACCGAGCUGGGAAGUCUGGACGUGUUGGCCUAUGUCAUGAACGAUGUGUUGGACAGCACGGCACACAUAUUUGACAACGCCACGUGGUAUGUCAGCAACGGAGAAGGUUCCUACGAUGCUGAUCCAGAGGUACAAAUGUCUGGAGUCAUGGUCCCUCGACGCGAGCAUGAGCUGAUGCACGCCACGCAUGAUAUUGACCUGCCGCAGCAAGCGGCGGACGAAGUUGAAGAGGAUGAUGAAACUGAAAUUAGCGUAGAUCUUGAUCACGAGCAGCUUGAGACUUCACCAGGCGUUCGCGACAUCCCAAACCAACCCCGCGAGCCCAUGCAUCCACAAUCUCUCAAAGCAAGCACACUCCAUUCUCGCUCUCGUGCAUCGGCUUUAGACAACGACGGUAGCCUUACUCCCGAGUUCAGCGAGGAUGAGCUGCUGGAUAUUGCAGAAGAUGAUGCUGACGAGGACGACGGCCAAGAUGAUGGCGACGGGGAUGGUGCUGUUUUUGCCGAGGCACCACCCAAUGCACGUGGCCGACUCAAGCAAAACUCCACAUCCCUUCCCAUCCAACCAGCAUUGCAGCACUUGGCUGAAGAAACUUCCACCGAUCCGUAUCCGGAAUCCCCACAGCGGCGCAUGCCUGACAUCAGCACAGGCACGCGACGCGGGUUUGCGGGUCUCUUUCGGCGCGACCGCACAGCAAGCGCCAGAGAAAAAGUCGCCUCCAAUCGCUCCCGAUCAGCCUCAGUGCCGUCUCGACCGACGCGCUCGUAUUCCUCGAGCAGCACCAGUGCUGAUUCACGGCGUCGUCGUGGUUCCAUCUCGCACAUGGCCAAAAAGGUGCUUGGUAAACUCCCAGGCUCGCAGAGUGCUCGCCGUGUCUACCAAGAAACAAAGAGCAAAGUGCUACGCAUGUCGGGUCGCCUUUCGCCCGCCGAGGUCAUUAACAAGUGUCUGGCUCGGCUUGGCGCAAAUCCUUCAGCGGGUGAAGCUCAGUCACUCUUUGCUGACAUUCAGCGGGCACUCGGCCGAGGUCGCAAUCCACGCGAUGAGGUCCUUGUGUUGCGGCGUAACAUCCUUGACGCCUGGCGCGUAUCUCUCAAGCAGUUGACCAAUCCUGGCACCAGCGAUGCGACUCUACUCAUUCAAAUUCUCGACUUUUCUUUCAUUAAAUGCAGCAAUGUGAUUAGUGAAGAGUCGUUGCUUCUCUUCUGCGCCAAGGUUCUGGCCAUCAACUAUCUUGUGGUUCCCGGAUUGAGCGAAGUUAUUGUUCGAGCCGUCAGCCGCGCCACACCGAUCGCAGGCCGCCGUUCCUUCAAGAUCGGGCAAAGCGUGAACAAUCGAUGCAAAGAGCAGCAACGUAUGCUCUGCGCAGUGCUUCCGGCCGAGCAGCGCCUCAUCUUUUACAACAUUUUUCAGCUCAGUCGCAUGGACCUCGGCAAUGCCAACGAUCAGUGUCCGGCAACGAUUCCGCGGACAAAGUUUCAUCAUCAAUUUGCAAAGCUGUUCACGUCAGACGACUUUCUACAAACCCUAGAAGGCUUCCAAACAACAACGAGUCCCAAACUGCGGCAUCCCAACUUGUGGGACAAACAUGUCGCAGUGCCGGGUCGUUGGACCGCGCGCUUUGUGACGCGCACCGACGCAGGCUUUGGCUUCCUCUCCGUGUUCUUAGAAGUGCUUGUGCGCCGGGCUCGUUCGCUUUACACGUUUUCCUACUAUGCCACGAAGGCGGAUUCAUUGAUGGGCGUCAACAUGCAAACUACGUCAGCCGUGGCACUUAUGCCGGGCUUUGCCGAACUGGCAACAUGCUUUCUACGAUUGGCUCUCACCACCCAAUUGGCAGUCAAGAAGAGCUUUCCCAUCGGCCAUGGCCCGCCAAGCCUUAUCGUCAAUUGGACGGAGCGGACAGCGGCCGCAGCUCUCGCAUUAAGUAGCAGUGGCAUUUUCCUGAGCUGUUUGCUUGAAGAUUUGAUGCAACAAACGAGCUUGUUUCACGUGCCCGACGUCAUUUCUCUCUUUGAGUCGUAUGAAAAAGUUCACAACGCGCGCUUGCCAGCUGACUUUGACACUGAUCUUGCUGUGGACUUUGUCACGCGUUUGUUGGACUGUCCGCAUUAUGUGAUCACAAUGUUUACACUGCGGUGGCUGUACGAAAACCUUGAUUUUUUCUCCGACCAGCAGCGCACGGCCCUCACGGGCCUGCUGACGGAAGAUCGCAUGUUUUGGCGUCUUCUCGGCCAUUGGGAGUCCGGCGUUCGCCACUUGACAAUCACACUGCUGUGCUACCGCCUGUUUCGUUUGCGCCAUGUUCGAGUUAUUACCAGCGUGCUCAACGCGCUUGGCUGCCCGCCUUACUCGCGGACCACAAUCCAGACGGAUCAUCGCUCAAGCCCCUUUGCUCGACUCUACAUUGUGGCUUUGCUAGAGCAAACGCGCAACGUUGUUUCCGACGCCAGACGGUGGAUGCGGCAGCAAUAUGGCUCCAAUGAGGAUGCAGUCUCGUUCCCACCACUGGCGCUAUCAUUGCCGCCGAUGAAUAACAUGACAUCCAUGUAUGGGCCAAGCAAACAGUCGCGCAAGUAG